AUGGAAGAGGCAGCAACAACACCUGCAAAACCGGUACUGAUACCAACAACGGCAACAGAAGCAGCAGCAGCCCCACCACCACCACCACCACCUACCGAAAGAGUCAUGGAAGCCCCACCACCACCAACAACAAUGGCAGCCACAUCGAAAACAUUACCAAAAUGCCAGCCCUGGUACUCCCCCGUCGGUCAAGAGCUUGGGAGGUACCAAGACUUGGGUACCAAGAACAAUCGGGCCCCCGAUAGUGACCUUACCUGGCUUCAGGUCCACGAUACUGAUCAGGCGUGGCUUCAGGCUCCUGAUAGUAACCUGGCGUGGCUUCAGGUCCCUGAUAGUGACCUGGCGUGGCUUCAGGUCCCUGAUAGUGACCCUGCGUGGCUUCAGGCUCCUGAUAGUGACCCUGCGUGGCUUCAGGCUCCUGAUAGUGAGUGGCUUCAGGCACCUGAUAGUGACCUGGCGUGGCUUCAGGCUCCUGAUAGUGACCUGGCGUGGCUUCAGGCCCCUGAUAGUAACCUGACGUGGCUUCAGGUCCCUGAUAGUGACCUGACGUGGCUUCAGGUCCCUGAUAGUGACCUGGCGUGGCUUCAGGCUCCUGAUAGUAACAUGGCGUGGCUUCAGGCUCCUGAUAGUGACCCUGCGUGGCUUCAGGUCCCUGAAAGUGACCUGACGUGGCUUCAGGUCCCUGAUAGUAACCUGGCGUGGCUUUCCUGA